AUGGCCAGUACCAGCUCCACCCCCGUUGCCAUUACUGGCGCCGUCUCGGAGAAAGGGGACGGCUCCAGCAAGAAGCAGUCCAAGAUGGACCAAGAAGUGGACAAGUUGGACUCUGAGAUGCGAAAAGUGGCCAUUGCUCACUUCAGCAUCAACAACAAGAAGAAUGCGUCCGUGAAAUGCCUCCAGGAUCUGCGGAUCGAGAACUUCACCGGGGAGAAGACGGACCACCUCAAGGGCCACGCCGUCGCCGGGGCCAAGAAAAUGUUGGAUGGCAUGGAGGAGAAGACGCCGGAUGCGCUUGAGACACGCGCCUUGCGUUUGAGGUACGAGCAGUGCAAAGCCUUGAAAGAGAUCUCCGAAAAGCCGGAGCUUGCGGACGUGGACUUGCUCGAGCUUGAAGAUUUGCUCUCCAAGCUAGAGAAGGUGGCGAUGUGCCUGCCGCCGCAGUGGCGAGUCCGAGCAAACCGAGCGUUGAUUUUCCAGAACCUGAGCAAGGCGGCGGAAAUCUUCGUAGACGAGGAAGAUAAUGAGGAUGAGGCUGACCGCAAGCAGCGGCUCAUUGUCGACCACUACAAGGCCGCCGUCGAGGCAUGCUUGCCUUGCAGAAGCCAGUGCCAGAAGCCGUGGGCCCCUUUGUCCGGCACCAACACCAACAUGAUCUCUGACGGCUUGGAAGAGCUCUCGAACUUGACACAGGCUGCCAUGGAGUCCGCCAUCGGAGACGAUGUGGCCACGGAGAAGGUGGAUGAGUUCAAGGCUGCGAAGGCCUUGAUCAUGGAUAUGCUCGGCAGCAAGGGCUUCCGCAAGAUCUUUCGGAACUACGAGACGUACGAGACUCACCUGGAGGCCUUCUGCACAGUCACGGCAGAGUGCUUGGCUGAGGCCAAGGAGGUUGUGGCGGAGUGGGCAGGCAUGGACUGUCUGCCGGAGAUAAUCCUUGCUUUCGAGGAAGACGUGGAUCGUUUGACAUGCUUCGUGAAGUUUUUGUCGAAUGCUCUCUUCCCGCUUGGCAAGUGGAUCGAGCACAGUGCCCCGGACGUGGCCACUUGGCUAGCCGCUGCGAGAAAAGGGGACGCAAAAACGGUUGAGAAGGACUUGGCUGCCUUGAUCAACGAGAACCAGUCGUGGAGACAACUGGUGGAUGAAGUCAUCAAGAAGUCAGCUCACGCAGUGACAAUGCAGCCCCGUCGAGAUCGGCUACUCCAAAGCGUGAAGCAAGGAGGCUUCACCGCCACACGCCUCAAGGACAUGAUGGCUGAGUAUGAUGCAGUGCGCAAGGGCAUGAGGGAUGUCGAGAUCGCAGAGAUCACCAGCCUUCUUGAGACCAAGUUGAGGCUGUUGGCUGAGGGCAUCAUGAGCAAGACAACAGCGGACCUUUCCGCAGGGCGGUGCAGGAGUGUGGAGAUCCAUGCCGUCUUGGAAGGUCUUCGUGCUUUUGCGGAGUCGGCCGGCGUUACAGACAUCAUUGCUUCCUUGAAGAAUUUCUGGUCCAAGCACCAGAAAAGCCUAGCUUUCAACGAUUUGGUCGAAAUCGCUACGCAGGCGGAGAAGGACAUGUGCAACUUGACGGAUCUGGAGGAGAUCCUCAGCAGAUGCAACGUGGCCGAUUUCCCGGCCAUGCGUGGCACUUUGUCAGACGACAACAAGAUCCUCUUGGGCGGGCUGCUUGUUAGCUCCAUGCGUUCCAUUUUCUUGGAGGUCAAGCAGAAAGGUGGCACUUAUACGGUGAUCGCCGUGAUGAAGAGGGUGAACCUUGUGCAGAAGGUUUGUCACCUUCUCCAUGCCGAUGAUUCGCAGGCCGCGAUCGCCUUCAGCAAGCACGUCGAGGUGUUGAAGGCAGGGGUGUCUGCCGGGUAUGAGCUGAAGAAGCUGAAAAAUGGUGGUGACACAGCGACAAAAGCUCUGGACGGAGAUAAGAAGGUGGCGCAGCUCAUGACCGUGAUCAACACCUUGGUGGGAUUCCAAAAGAAGGCUUCGCACCUCCAAGAGGUGAGGGGCUUGGCAAAGGAGGAUACCGUGAGCACGAACAUGAUUGAGGAGUUGCGUGUCAAGAUCUUGGAGUUGGUGGAGCUGGAGACCGUCGAGCUCUUCGAUGGUUUGUUUCGGGACGAGCUUCUCAGUGAUGCAAUAUCUCACAUGUGCUGUGGUACUGCUGAGGUCCUGCAGAGCAGCACCCAGAAGAUGGAGAAGUGCAUCGGGGGUGUUGUUGGGCGCAAGUCCUGGAAAGCCACCUUGAUGGAAGAAGAGACUGAGCUCAGUAAGGUGUUGCAGGCCGCGGAAUCCACUUUGCUCAAGAUGCCACUCAGGGGCAAGGUCUUCUUCGACAGCUUGGAGCAGUUCAAUCAGGAGCUGACGGACGCCGAGGACCUCGUGGCCAGUUUCGGAAAGGUCCAGGCCGUGCUGGAGUCUGGCACAGGUGAAUCCAUGGAGCAGUUCGAGCAGCUCAAGACCUGUGUGUCCGAUGCAAAGCCUGUUUUGAAGGAAAGCCGCAUUUGCAACGUGGAGAGUGUCAUCGUUCAUGUUCUGCUGAAAGAGUCGAGGAAUCAGAUCACGGAUCGACCGCAAGCCCAAGGAUUGCUUCGUGACAUGGUUGCUCACGUGACGGGGAACUCGAACGGCAUGUGCCGUGACGAUGUGCACCCACUUUUGAUGUCUGGAGCCGAAGGCUUCAGCGAGACCGGGUAA